CAGGUCAUCAUAAUUGCAUGCUCCUCCAAGGACUCACUCUACAUUAGGUCAAUUGGCAUGUUAUUAUCUCAUCUAAUAAUGUGGGGUCACAUUAAAGUCCUUAAAGUUUUGAUUGGAAGGCCAAUACUGGUUUCAAUAUGUUUGAACCCAUCUUAACCUCAUAAUACUGCAAUCCGCAAAAGUCUAGACAUUUAAGAAAAGGAGAAUGGCACUUGUGGUCCUCUUAUUCUUGCUCAUUUUUUCACUAUCCUUAACUUCAAGUUUCACUUUUUUCACUUUCUCCCACUUGUCCAUACAAUUUUAUCAUAAUUUCUUGUUUCUAAGGCAUGGAAACAAGCCUAGCAGAAGUAAAGAGGGAUGCAAAGGAAGCUACAUUGGUUAAGGAAGAGGAAGAUGGGGAAGAUGAAGACGAUAAAUAUAUGAAGAGGGCAUUGACUCUUACCACAAUAAGGGCAUCAAGUGCAGGAGGUUCCGUGCAGCCUUGUUGUCAGGUACAAGACUGUACUGUGGAUAUGGCUGGUGCUAGACCAUAUCAUCGCCGGCACAAAGUCUGUGAGUUUCACUCCAAGGCUCCUGCAGUUCUUGUAGCUGGGCUCCAACAACGUUUCUGCCAGCAGUGCAGCAGAAUGAAAAAGCAAAACAGGCUUCAUUUGUAUGGUUACCGGAUUCCAUCCCGCAGGUUUCAUGAGGUAUCAGAAUUUGAUGAAGUCAAAAGAAGUUGCCGUGGGCGCUUGGCGAUGCACAAUGAGCGACGCCGCAAAAUCCUAAAUGAUUCUCUUUGAUAUGAUACUGAUCUUGGAGGAAAUCAAAUUAAUCACUACAAAUAUUAAAUUGUGAAUUCUCUAAGAAACGCAUAUAAAAUGCUCUCUCUCUUCUGUCAAUUUCUGGAUUUCUUCUGAUGUAGUUUGUCGAUCAAACAAUAAAGAGUGCGUUGGAUUAAGCUUCAAAAUUUACUAAUAAGUGAAUAUAGCCUAAAUUUGAAUUUUAAAUAAAUGCAAUGACAUGUUGUGGGUUUUGCUAGUGUA